AUCGGGGCUGGGUGCGAGCCUCGAGCAUAGGUAAGCGCUGGAACGCGUCUAACAGCCUCACUGCAAGCACUCUUCAACGCCGCGCUGCAGCAGACGCAAUGGCCGGGCGCGCCUGCGCGCGCCUGCGCCUGCCGCCGGCCCUGGCCACAGCCAUUGACAGUGGGCGUAGCGAUCUCAGCGUGACCUUCGACAACGAAGGCAUGACAAUCAAGUUGGGAGACGCCGCGUAUGCCUUUCGAGCGGCGCCGGACAAUGCCGCGAUUUCCGAACUUUACGAGUACACGGACGAAACCGACGCCGACGGCUUCACGGAGGACCGCGAGCUCGCGGCCACCGGUAGUUUACGAUAUCUCGCCGCCGUGGCGCCCACAGCCAAAGACCGCGCGACCACCAAAGCGCGGACCGUCGACGCGGCCACGAAGGCGAAGAGCCGGCAGACGACGGUAAUCGAUCGGGCGCCGCCCGCGAAGCGGCGCGCGGUUGCGAAGAAGAAGACGAAGAAGGCGCCUGUGUCGAGACCUGUCCUCUGCGCGGAGGCGGACGUCGAGGACGCUGAUACGGAGGCGGCGCGGUUGUUUGGUGAAGGAGCGCUCGUCUUCUACACGCCGCAAAUUGUCGAGGUGUUUGAUGAUGUCAAGGAGGUCGGAGUCUUAUAUCAGAAAGACGCCGUCGACGUCUACGUGAUUUUCGCGUCCGAGGCGGCGGCGCGGGCGGCCGACGCUAAUGAAGGCUUUCGGACUCGUCCAUGUGCCGUCGAGGACCUGAGAACACGCGGCGCGCCGGUCUUCCGCGCUUCAUAUGAUGCGGCGCGCGUCACGCGGAACGACGAGGGCGAGCGGCGCCACGUGCCGUCGCGCGCCGAGGCUUGCAAAGCCGCGGGCUUCGACGCUGGCAACGUCAAGCUCGAGACGCUCGCGGCCCAAGUCUUGGAGCACGUGCGGCCCGCGGCGCGCCGUUAUUUAGGAGAGUAUGAUGAUGAUGAUGAGGAAGCGGCGCACGACGCCUUGGAGCGGGCCGCGCACGACCUCGAGGUCCUGGCUUCAUCCGACCCGCUCGCGGCGGGCAUCCAGCGCUACCGCGACCUCCAGCUCGCCGCUUCAACAUCAUCGGCGGACGCCGACAGCGACCGGCUCCUCGCGCAGAAUCGGAGGGUCGAGCCGGCCUGGGAUAGCGUGCGGUGCGCGCUGGGUGUGGUCCGGCGCUGUUUGAGGAAGGCGCUCGUUGCACUCAGGGAGGCGCAGCGGUCGAAAUUGCCCGCUUCAUUGGAUGGGCCGCCCGUCGACUGCCGGUUAUUGAGAGGGGCGCUCUUCUUCCCGCCGUCCAUCGAGCGGCUGGCCUGAUGUGCUAUGUGAUAAUUGUUUUAUGUACUACCACAAGUGGGGAAACCUU